AUGUUGAACACCUUGGCAAACCAUGGCUAUCUUCCUCACGAUGGCAAAGAUAUCUCCGAAGAACAGACCAUUACUGCGCUAGGAAAUGUUCUUAAUAUCGAUAAGGAGUUUGCCACGGCUCUCUUCCAGAACGGAGUUUCUGCAAACCCAGAAAAGAAUGCUACUACAUUCUCAUUGAGCGAUCUGACCCGUCACAAUGUCGUGGAACACGAUGCUAGCAUGAGUCGCCAGGACUUCUACUUUGGCAACGAUCACACCUUCAAUAAGGCCGCCUUCGAUGAAACACGCUCCUACUGGAAAGGCUCCCUUAUCGAUAUUCAAUCCGCAGCAAAUGCUCGCCAAGCUCGCAUCAAAUCAUCAAAAGCGAUGAACCCCACCUUUGACAUCCCCGAGUCUAUUCUUUCAUCAAGUUUCGGCGAGGCGAUCUUCCUUAUCGUCGUUAUGGGUGACAAAGCGGCGGGUACCGUCCAGAAGAUUUGGGUUGAGUACCUUUUCGAAAACGAGCGACUUCCCUUUGAGCUUGGCUGGACUAAAGCCUCAGAUGAAAUCUCCGCCGCCGACUUCUCUAACAUGACCAAACGGAUCCAAGAGGCCACUGAAAGCUCCGAAAGCUCUCAACAGACCACAGAGAAAGUUUGCGAGUUCAAGAGACACAUUGGAAGUCAUGCCCGGCGCCAGGUUAAGCACUAA